AUGGUGGUCCCCUCAACUACCAACAUGGUGGUCCCCUCAACUACCAGCAUGGUGGUCCACUCAACUACCAACAUGGUGGUCCACUCAACUACCAACAUGGUGGUCCACUCAACUACCAACAUGGUGGUCCACUCAACUACCAACAUGGUGGUCCACUCAACUACCAACAUGGUGGUCCACUCAACUACCAACAUGGUUGGUCCACUCAACUACCAACAUGGUGGUCCACUCAACUACCAACAUGGUGGUCCACUCAACUACCAACAUGGUGGUCCACUCAACUACCAGCAUGGUGGUCCACUCAACUACCAACAUGGUGGUCCACUCAACUACCAACAUGGUGGUCCACUCAACUACCAACAUGGUGGUCCACUCAACUACCAACAUGGUGGUCCACUCAACUACCAGCAUGGUGGUCCAUUCAACUACCAACAUGGUGGUCUACACAACUACUAACGUAGCAGUGUAUGUGAGCGGAGUUGAGCGGUUGGCACUCCACGUCCUUUCCAACCGCUCCACAAAAAAACGGUCCUUGCUCCAAAUUCACUCCAUUCAUUAAAAUCACCAUUUAACCAACACCUACAGUUGAAGUCAGAAGUUUACAUACACGGAGUUUACUGUGCCUUUAAACAGCUUGGAAAAUUCCAGAAAAUUAUGUCAUGACUUUAGAAGCUUCUGAUAGGCUAAUUGACAUCAUUUGAGUGAAUUGGAGGUGUACCUGUGGAUGUAUUUCAAGGCCUACCUUCAAACUCAGUGGCUCUUUGCUUGACAUCAUGGGAAAAUCAAAAGAAAUCAGCCAAGACCUCAGAAUUUUUUUUGCAGACCUCCACAAAUCUGGUUCAUCCUUGGGAGCAAUUUCCAAAUGCCUGAAGGUACCGCGUUCAUCUGUACAAACAAUAGUACGCAAGUAUAAACACCAUGGGACCACGCAGCCGUCAUACCGCUCAGGAAGGAAACGCGUUCUGUCUCCUAGAGAUGAACAUACUUUGGUGCGAAAAGUGCAAAUCAAUCCCAGAACAACAGUAAAGGACCUUGUGAAGAUGCUGGAGGAAACAGGUACAAAAGUAUUUACAGUGGGGAAAAAAAAUAUUUAGUCAGCCACCAAUUGUUCAAGUUCUCCCACUUAAAAAGAUGAGAGAGGCCUGUAAUUUUCAUCAUAGGUACACGUCAACUAUGACAGACAAAAUGAGAAAAAAAAACCCAGAAAAUCACAUUGUCUGAUUUUUUAUGAAUUUAUUUGCAAAUUAUGGUGGAAAAUAAGUAUUUGGUCAAUAACAAAAGUUUCUCAAUACUUUGUUAUAUACCCUUUGUUGGCAAUGACACAGGUCAAACGUUUUCUGUAAGUCUUCACAAGGUUUUCACACACUAUUGCUGGUAUUUUGGCCCAUUCCUCCAUGCUCUAGAGCAGUGAUGUUUUGGGGCUGUAGCUGGGCAACACAGACUUUCAACUCCCUCCAAAGAUUUUCUAUGGGGUUGAGAUCUGGAGACUGGCUAGGCCACUCCAGGACCUUGAAAUGCUUCUUACGAAGCCACUCCUUCGUUGCCCGGGCGGUGUGUUUGGGAUCAUUGUCAUGCUGAAAGACCCAGCCACAUUUCAUCUUCAAUGCCCUUGCUGAUGGAAGGAGGUUUUCACUCAAAAUCUCACGAUACAUGGCCCCAUUCAUUCUUUCCUUUACACGGAUCAGUCGUCCUGGUCCCUUUGCAGAAAAACAGCCCCAAAGCAUGAUGUUUCCACCCCCAUGCUUCACAGUAGGUAUGGUGUUCUUUGGAUGCAUUCUUUGUCCUCCAAACACGACGAGUUGAGUUUUUACCAAAAAGUUAUAUUUUGGUUUCAUCUGACCAUAUGACAUUCUCCCAAUCCUCUUCUGGAUCAUCCAAAUGCACUCUAGCAACUUCAGACAGGCCUGGACAUGUACUGGCUUAAGCAGGGGGACACGUCUGGCACUGCAGGAUUUGAGUCCCUGGCGGCAUAGUGUGUUACUGAUGGUAGGCUUUGUUAAUUUGGUCCCAGCUCUCUGCAGGUCAUUCACUAGGUCCCCCCGUGUGGUUCUGGGAUUUUUGCUCACCGUUCUUGUGAUCAUUUUGACCCCACGGGGUGAGAUUUUGCAUGGAGCCCCAGAUUGAGGGAGAUUAUCAGUGGUCUUGUAUGUCUUCCAUUUCCUAAUAAUUGUUCCCACAGUUGAUUUCUUCAAACCAAGCUGCUUACCUAUUGCAGAUUCAGUCUUCCCAGCCUGGUGCAGGUCUACAAUUUUGUUUCUGGUGUCCUUUGACAGCUCUUUGGUCUUGGCCAUAGUGGAGUUUGGAGUGUGACUGUUUGAGGUUGUGGACAGGUGUCUUUUAUACUGAUAACAAGUUCAAACAGGUGCCAUUAAUACAGGUAGCGAGUGGAGGACAGAGGAGCCUCUUAAAGAAGAAGUUACAGGUCUGUGAGAGCCAGAAAUCUUGCUUGUUUGUAGGUGACCAAAUACUUAUUUUCCACCAUAAUUUGCAAAUAAAUUCAUAAAAAAUCCUACAAUGUGAUUUUCUGGAAAAAUAAUUCUCAAUUUGUCUGUCAUAGUUGACGUGUACCUAUGAUGAAAAUUACAGGCCUCUCUCAUCUUUUUAAGUGGGAGAACUUGCACAAUUGGUGGCUGACUAAAUACUUUUUUCCCCCACUGUAUAUCCACAGUAAAACAAGUCCUAUAUCGACAUAACCUGAAAGGCCGCUCAGCAAGGAAGAAGCCACUGCUCCAAAACCGCCUUUAAAAAAGCCAGACUACGGUUUGCAACUGCACAUGGGGACAAAGAUCUUACUUUUUGGAGAAAUGUCCUCUGGUCUGAUGAAACAAAAACAGAACUGUUUGGUCAUAAUGACCAUUGUUAUGUUUGGAGGAAAAAGGGGAAGGCUUGCAAGCCGAAGAACACCAUCCCAACCGUGAAGCACGGGGUGGAAGCAUCAUGCUGUGGGGGUGCUUUGCUGCAGGAGGGAUUGGUGUACUUCACAAAAUAGAUGGCAUCAUGAGGAAGGAAAAUUAUGUGGAUAUAUUGAAGCAACAUCUCAAGACAUCAGUCAGGAAGUUGAAGCUUGGUCGCAAAUGGGUCUUCCAAAUGGAAAAUGACUCCAAGCAUACUUCCAAAGUUGUGGCAAAAUUGCUUAAGGACAACAAAAUCAAGGUAUUGGAGUGGCCAUCACAAAGCCCUGACCUCAAUCCUAUAGAAAAUGUGUGGGCAUAACUGAAAAAGCGUGUGCGAGCAAGGAGGCCUACAAACCUGACUCAGUUACACCAGCUCUGUCAGGAGGAAUGGGCCAAAAUUCACCAAACUUAUUGUGGGAAGCUUGUGGAAGGCUACCCGAAACGUUUGACCCAAGUUAAACAAUUUAAAGGCAAUGCUACCAAAUACUAAUUGAGUGUAUGUAAACUUCUGACCCACUGGGAAUGUGAUGAAAGAAAUAAAAGCUGAAAUAAAUCAUUCUCUCUGCUAUUAUUCUGACAUUUCACAUUCUUAAAAUAAAGUGGUGAUCCUAACUGACCUAAAACAGGUUUUUUUUACUAGGAUUAAAUGUCAGGAAUUGUGAAAAACUGAGUUUAAAUGUAUUGGGCUAAGAUGUAUGUAAACUUCCGACUUCAACUGUAUUUUUGUGACUACAUGGACCUACUAUUUGGUUUUGAAGUAUUGAAACCAAACCAUAUGAUUUGAAUGAAAAGUAUUUUAAUAAACAUGAAAAGGUGACUGUAAGAAGCGAUCAUCAUUUCAAAUAGGUUAUAGGUCAUAUUAAACAACAUAUAAACAUUAAGUAGGUCAGGAGAUGGAAUUAAAAUGAAUUAUUUAGGCUAUUUUAAGCAAGAACGAAAAUGAAAUAUUUAGGCUAUAUUAUUAGCCUAUUAUUUCAAAGCUAUAGCCUACAAAUAAAUAAAUUGUGAAGCAUUUGUGGGAGCGAUAGGCUGGCAGAAACAUUAAUAAACAUUUAAGUGCUCAGCAUUUAAACAACAUUUCAUUGUAUUAAAUCAUUGUAGUCUAUAAAUUGCGCAUACAGGGUGUGAAUUACUUAGAAUUACAGUGCCGUCGGAAAGUAUUCAGACACCUUAACUUUUUCCACAUUUUGUUAGGUUACAGCCUUCUAACAUUGAUUAAAUUGUUUUCUCCCCUCAACAACAAUACCCCAUAAUAACAAAGCAGAAACAGGUUUUUGGAAAAAACUGAAAUACUACAUUUACAUACAGUGCCAGUCAAAGGUUUGGACACACCUACUCAUUCAAGGGUCUUUCUUUAUUUUUGCUAUUUUCUACAUUGUAGAAUAAUAGUGAAGACAUCAAAACUAUGAAAUAACACAUGUGGAAUCAUGUAGUAACCAAAAAAGUGUUAAACAAAUCAAAAUAUAUUUUAUAUUUCAGAUUCUUCAAAUAACCGCCCUUUGCCUUGAUGACAGCUUUGCACACUCUUGGCAUUCUCUCAACCAGCUUCACCUGGAAUGCUUUUCUAACCAUCUUGAAGGAAUUCCCACAUAUGCUGAGCACUUGUUGGCUGCUUUUCCUUCACUCUGCGGUCCAACUCAUCCCAAACCAUCUCAAUUGGGUUGAGGUUGGGUGAUUGUGGAGGCCAGGUCAUCUGAUGCAGCACUCCAUCACUCUCCUUGGUCAAAUAGCCCUUACACAGCCUGGAGGUGUGUUUUGGGUCAUUGUCCUGUUGAAAAACAAAUGAUAGUCCCACUAAGCCCAAACCAGAUGGGAUGGCGUAUCGCUGCAGAAUGCUGUGGUAGCCAUGCUGGUUAAGUGUGCCUUGAAUUCAAAAUAAAUCACAGACAGUGUCACCAGCAAAGCACCCCCACACCAUAACACCUCCUCCUCUAUGCUUCAUGGUGGGAACCACACAUGCGGAGAUCAUCCGUUCACCCACACCGCGUCUCACAAAGACACAGCGGUUGGAACCAAAAAUCUCAAAUUUGGACUGCAGACCAAAGGACAGAUUUCCACCGGUCUAAUGUCCAUUGCUCGUGUUUCUUGUCCCAAGCAGGUCUCUUCUUCUUAUUGGUGUCCUUUAGUAGUGGUUUCUUUGCAGCAAUUAGACCAUGAAGGCCUGAUUCACGUAGUCUCCUCUGAACAGUUGAUGUUGAGAUGUGUCUGUUACUUGAACUCUGUGAAGCAUUUAUUUGGGCUGCAAUCUGAGGUGCAGUUAACUCUAAUGAACUUAUCCUCUGCAGCAGAGGUAACUCUGGGUCUUCCAUUCCUGUGGCAGUCCUCAUGAGAGCCAGUUUCAUCAUAGCGCUUGAUGGUUUUUGCGACUGCACUUGAAGAAACUUUCGAAGUUCUUGAAAUGUUCCGUAUUGACUGACCUUCAUGUCUUAAAGUAAUGAUGGACUGUCGUUUCUCUUUGGUUCUUUGAGCUGUUCUUGCCAUAAUAUGGACUUGGUCUUUUACCAAAUAGGGCUAUCUUCUGUAUACCCCCCCUACCUUGCCACAACACAACUGAUUGGCUCAAACGAGGAAAGAAGGAAAUAAAUUCCACAAAUUAACAAGGCAACCCUGUUAAUUGAAAUGCAUUCCAGGUGACUACCUCAUGAAGCUGGUUGAGAGAAUGCCAAGAGUGUGCAAAGCUGUCAUCAAGGCAAAGGGUGGCUAUUUGAAGAAUCUCAAAUAUAAAAUAUAUUUAGAUUUGUUUAACACCUUUUUGGUUACUACAUGAUUCCAUAUUUGUUAUUUCAUAGUUUUGAUGUCUUCACUAUUAUUCUACAAUGUAGAAAAUAGUAAAAAUAAAGAAAGACCCUUGAAUGAGUAGGUGUGUCCAAACCUUUGACUGGUAGUGUAAGUAUUCAGACUCUUUACUCAGCACUUUGUUGAGGCACCUUAGGCAGCGAUUAUAGCCUUGAGUCUUCUUGGGUAUGAUGCUACAGGCUUGGCACACCUGUAUUUGGGGAGUUUCUCCCAUUCUUCUCUGCAGAUCCUCUCAAUUUCUGUCAGGUUGGAUGGGGAGCGUUGCUGUACAGCCAUAAUCAGGUCUCUUCAGAGAUGUUCGAUCGGGUUCAAGUCCGGGCUCUGGCUGGGCCACUCAAGGACAUUCAGAGACUUGUUCCGAAGCCACUCCUGAGUUGUAUUGGCUGUGUGUUUAGGGUUGUUGUCCUGCUGGAAGGUUGACCCUUCGCCCCAGUCUGAGGUCCUGAGCGCACUGGAGCAGGUUUUGAUCAAGGAUCUCUCUGUACUUUGCUCCGUUCAUCUUUGCCUUGAUCCUGACUAGUCUCCCAGUCCCUGCCACUGACAAACAUCCCCACAGCAUGAUACUGCCACCACCAUGCUUCACCGUAGGGAUGGUGCCAGGUUUCCUCCAGAUGUGAUACUUGGCAUUCAGGCCAAAGAGUUCAAUCUUGGGUUCAUCAGACCAGAGAAUCUUGUUUCUCAUUGUCUGAGAGCCCUUUAGGUGCCUUUUGGCAAACUCCAAGCGGGCUGUCAUGUGCCUUUUACUGAGGAGUGGCUUCCGUCUGGCCACUCUACCAUAAAGGCCUGAUUGGUGGAGUGCUGCAGAGAUGUGUGUCCUUCUGGAAGGUUCUCCCAUCUCCACAGAGGAACUCAGGAGCUCUGUCAGAGUAACAAUCGGGUUCUUGGUCACUUCCCUGACCAAGGUCCUUCACCCCCAAUUGCUCAGUUUGUCCAGGCGGCCAGCUCUAGGAAGAGUCUUUGUGAUUCCGAACUUAUUCCAUUUAAGAAUGAUGGAGGCCACUGUGUUCUUGGGGACCUUCAGUGCUGCAGACAUUUUUUGGUGCCCUUCCCCAGAUCUGUGCCUCGACACAAUCCUGUCUUGGGGCUCUAUGGACAAUUCCUUAGACCUCAUGGCUUGGUUUUUGAUCUGACAUGCACUGUCAACUGUGGGACCUUAUAUAGACAGGUGUGUGCCUUUCCAAAUCAUGUCCAAUCAAUUGAAUUUCCCACAGGUGGACUCCAAUCAAGUUGUAGAAACAUUUCAAGGUUGAUCAAUGGAAACAGCAUGCACCUAAGCUCAAUUUCGAGUCUCACAGCAAAGGGUCUGAAUACUUAUGUAAAUAAGGUAUUUCUGUUUUUUGGUUUUUAAUAUAUUUAAAAACAUUUCUAAAAACCUGUUUUUUGCUUUGUCAUUAUGGGGUAUUGUGUGUAGAUUGCUGAGGAUUUGUCUUACCCUGGCGUGACGUUUUGAUAACCGUGUAAAUCUCUCUAGGACAAGGUGGCUUUUAUAAUACAUACAAUAUAAUCUGUCAGUUUCUCCCAGUAAGUAUAAACGUCUGGACACGGUCACCUGGAGGAGUCUCACUCACCAAACACUUCCUCCCCAAGCUGGUACAUUUACAUUUACAUUUACGUCAUUUAGCAGACGCUCUUAUCCAGAGCGACUUACAAAUUGGUGCAUUCACCUUAUGGUGGGAUAACCACUUUACAAUGUUUUUUUUUUUUUUUUGGGGGGGGGGGGGGGGGGGGUUGGGGUAAGGGGGGGGGUAGAAGGAUUACUUUAUCCUAUCCCAGGUAUUCCUUAAAGAGGUGGGGUUUCAAAUGUCUCCGGAAGGUGGUGAGUGACUCCGCUGUCCUGGCGUCGUGGGGGAGCUUGUUCCACCAUUGGGGUGCCAGAGCAGCGAACAGUUUUGACUGGGCUGAGCGGGAACUAUGCUUCCGCAGAGGAAGGGGAGCCAGCAGGCCAGAGGUGGAUGAACGCAAUGCCCUCGUUUGGGUGUAGGGACUGAUCAGAGCCUGAAGGUACGGAGGUGCCGUUCCCCUCACAGCUCCGUAGGCAAGCACCAUGGUCUUGUAGCAGAUGCGAGCUUCAACUGGAAGCCAGUGGAGUGUGCGGAGGAGCGGGGUGACGUGAACAGUUAGCCUGGGGACAAGGUCGUACCUGGAGUCCUGAGACGGUAGUGCAUUUCAUUUACAUAAAUUCUCAGUUUUAUAGCUUAACAUAGGAACAUAAUCAAAUGACUAGAGUAAUAAUAGUCUAGCACACAUAACAUCAAGUCAAUCCGUUUUUCCUGAUUACUGACCAGGCUGCAGCUAGGGUCCAUGAUAUCUGGCAUCCUUGGGACAUCCCUAAGACAUUGAAGUUGAAAUUGUAAAAUUUGUUAAUGCAGAAAUUGCUAAAAUUCUAAUAAAGUUCACCUAAUUUUAGUUAAUGUGACAAAACAAGCACUCAAUGUAGAGAAUCAUUGUACCGUCUAAACAGCUGUGAAAUAUCUUUAACAUAACCAAAAAUAUUGUAUUUUCAGCCGUUUGAAGCUGGUGGACAAAACCGAGCGUAAAAGAUGCACAAACUAAACUUAAGAACUGGAAGCAUUGAAAUAGCGCACAUAGAACAGAUCUACUGCUUCUUAGACUUGCUUUCAAGGAGAAUUACAUAUCUACAGUAUAACUCACAUUUCUAUGUGAAUUUGGUCAGGUCGCCCAAAAAAUGACAUAUUGAAGCUUUAAAGUCAGUGUUAAGGUUAGGGUAAGGGUUAAAGCUGCAAUAUGUAACUGUUUGGGUGACCUGGACAAAUUCACAUAGAAAUGUGAGUUAUAGAUCUGUCAUUCUCAUUGAAAGCAAGUGCACUAUUUCUAUGCUUCCCGUUCUUAAGUUACGUUUGUGCAUCUUUACCUUUGGGUUUUGUCCACCAGCUUCAACCAGCUGAAAAUACUAUAUAAGGUGCAGAGUUUUCCCAAUCAGACAACCUAGUGAGGAAAAACUCAGGGCUCUAAUAAUUUGUUAUCUCUGAAAUAUGAUAAUAGAGCGAAUGUAUGUGUUUGUCUCUAUGAUACAGUAUCAACCCCUCUGCCCCGUCUCUCCCUCCAGGUAUCAAGUCCUCUGCCCCGUCUCUCCCUCCAGCUAUCAACCCCUCUGCCCCGUCUCUCCCUCCAGCUAUCAAGUCCUCUGCCCCGUCUCUCCCUCCAGCUAUCAACCCCCCUGCCCCGUCUCUCCCUCCAGCUAUCAACCCCUCUGCCCCGUCUCUCCCUCCAGGUAUCAAGUCCUCUGCCCCGUCUCUCCCUCCAGCUAUCAACCCCUCUGCCCCGUCUCUCCCUCCAGCUAUCAACCCCUCUGCCCCGUCUCUCCCUCCAGCUAUCAACCCCUCUGCCCCGUCUCUCCCUCCAGCUAUCAACCCCUCUGCCCCGUCUCUCCCUCCAGGUAUCAAGUCCUCUGCCCCGUCUCUCUCUCCAGGUAUCAAGUCAUCUGCCCCGUCUCUCCCUCCAGCUAUCAACCCCUCUGCCCCGUCUCUCUCUCCAGGUAUCAAGUCCUCUGCCCCGUCUCUCCCUCCAGGUAUCAAGUCCUCUGCCCCGUCUCUCCCUCCAGGCAUCAACCUAUUCUUAAUUUGCUUCCAUUGGAAACGACACAGAUGAAUUAUCUUGGGUUAGCUAUUAAUAUAUUUGAUGGCAAUGUUCAUGCAAAAAAAAAAGUGUAUUUCCAAGUGGAGAUCUCUAUACAUAUCUAUGGUUUGAGCAGGCUGUCUGGUCCCCCAAGCACCUUGUGUCACCUAGCAUCUCCUAACAACCUCUCCCCGUCUCUCCCCAGGUAAACAGGGCCAGUGUGUGUACCAGGGCAUCACCAUGUUUGAGCAGGCCGUCUGGUCCCCCAAGCCGUGUGUCACCUGUCUGUGUAGUGGAGGGGAGGUGCUGUGUGACGAGGUCACAUGUCCUCCUCUACGAUGUCACUUCCCCUACACCACCACUGGGGAGUGCUGCCCUGUCUGCAUGGACACAGGUAGGUGUUGUUGUCUUAAUGAUGUCGUUGUAUCACUAUCUAGCUUAACUUAGUUUAAAGGUCCAACUGAGUUUUAUUUUUAUCUCAAUAUCCAAUCAUUUCUGGGUAACAAAUAAGUACCUUAUCGUGAUUGUUUUCAAUUAAAAUGGUCAAAAUAAAUAAAUAAAUGCUUACUCGCAAAGAGCAAUUUCUUUAAAAAACUAUUUUGCUAGGACUUUCUGUGAGUUGUCUGAGUGGGGAGGGGAAAACUGAACACUAGCUGUUAUUGGCAGAGAGGAUUGGAACUCUGUUUCUUAUUGGUCUAUUAACUAAUUUACCACCUGGUGAUGUCACCGGGCAGGCCAAAACACCAGGCAGGCCAAAACACCAGGCAGGUCAAAACACCAGGCAGGUCAAAACACCAGGCAGGCCAAAAGACCAGGCAGGUCAAAACACCAGGCAGGUCAAAACACCAGGCAGGCCAAAAGACCAGGCAGGUCAAAACACCAGGCAGGUCAAAACACCAGGCAGGCCAAAAGACCAGGCAGGUCAAAACACCAGGCAGGCCAAAACACCAGGCAGGUCAAAACACCAGGCAGGCCAAAAGACCAGGCAGAACAAAACACCAGGCAGGCCAAAACACCAGGCAGGUCAAAACACCAGGCAGGCCAAAACACCAGGCAGAACAAAACUCCAUCCCACCAAAACAGGCUGACUUUUCAAACAGCUCUUACACUAAAAGGGCUUUAUCAUAAUUUUCACAAUUUCACAGUAUUAUUCAGACUGUUUUCAGCAGCCAUCAGACUGCUGAACACUUGAACUGGACUGACCACCUGCUCUGAUUCUCUGCACCUUAGCACACACACACACACACACACACACACACACACACACACACACACACACACACACACACACACACACACACACACACACACACACACACACACACACACACACUGCUGCUGCUACCAGACUCGUAUUAUACUGCUCAGUUUAUACACUGCCCCCCCCCCCCCCCCUCCACUUGCCAUUUCCUUUAUGUUCUUCGUUUACUAUGUCUUAUUGUUGUUGCAUUGUCCAGAAGGAACCUGCAAGUAAGCGUUUCAUUGGAUGAUGUAUACCAUGCGUAUCCCGUACAUACGACUAAUAAAAACACAGGAAAAUCUGGUUUUUGACUGCGCUGGGCCUUUAACUAUGGUGGUUCUAUCUCCACUGACCUUGUCUUGUCCUAUCAUAAGCAUUGGAAAUAAUUGGCACAGAUCUUACGAAGAACUCAUCUGAAAUACCAGUUAAUACCUUUAGAACAUUUUCAUUGGUGGAGACAUAACGUGACACUCUCUGGGUAAUUUAUGCUUCCCUCUUCUCCCUCCCUCUCUCCAUCCUCCUCUCUAACACUCUGUGGUUCUGAUUGGCUGGGCCAGCUUCCCGUGGCGACGUCCCUGACUUCUCUGGCGAUUCCCCAGUAGCCAACGACCCUGACCCUGUGACCCCUGACCUUGACCCCAUCCUUGACCCUGUGGUGCCCCACACGCAGGCCGAGAUUGAGCUCCUCCUGAAUAGAGAGGAGGAGGAGGAGAAGGAGAGGAGGCAGAAGGAGAGACAGAGGAGGCAGGAGGAGAGGAGGCAGAAGGAGGAGAGGAGGCGCGAGAAGGAGAGGAGGCGGAUGGAAAAGGAAGAGCGGAGACAGGAGGACGCAAGGAGACUGAAGGAGGAGGAGGCCAUGAAGGAGAAGGAGAGGAAGCUGGAGGAGGAGAGGAGAAGACAUGAGGAGGAGCUGAAGGAGAAACUGAGGGAACUAGCGGAGCUGGAAGAGGAAGAGGAAGAGGAGAAGGAGGAGGAGGAGGAGGAGGAGGAGAUGGAAUGGCUGCUGAGAGGAGAUGUUUUCCAAAUGUUUCCAGAUGAGCCGACCGGAGAGGACCUCCUUCCUCCUCCCCUAGCUGAGCCCACUGACAGAGAACAGGAGGGAGUGGUGGUACGCAGACCUGGGAUCGCCCUCCCACUAGGUUGUGAUAUCUCUGAUGUCACUGUGACGUGUGAGAACGCUAAACUGACCAACUUCCCUCCUCUGAACAUCCCUGAACUCAAGUCCCUAAGUCUGGAGGGUAAGUGUGUGUGUGUGUGUGUGUGUGUGUGUCUGUGUCUGUGUCUGUGUCUGUGUCUGUGUCUGUGUCUGCGUGUGCGUGUCUGUGUGUGCACGUGCGUGCGCGCGUGCGUGCGUGUUAUCCAUCCCUGAGUCCCUGAGUCUGGAUCCCGUGUGUUACAGCCAUAGACCAUACAGUAAUAUGAUUACAGGUCUGUGCGUGCGUGUUAUCCAUCACUAGUCUGGAUCCCGUGUGUUACAGCCAUAGACCAUACAGUAAUAUGAUUACAGGUCUGUGCGUGCGUGUUAUCCAUCACUAGUCUGGAUCCCGUGUGUUACAGCCAUAGACCAUACAGUAAUAUGAUUACAGGUCUGUGCGUGCGUGUUAUCCAUCACUAGUCUGGAUCCCGUGUGUUACAGCCAUAGACCAUACAGUAAUAUGAUUACAGGUCUGUGCGUGCGUGUUAUCCAUCACUAGUCUGGAUCCCGUGUGUUACAGCCAUAGACCAUACAGUAAUAUGAUUACAGGUCUGUGCGUGCGUGUUAUCCAUCACUAGUCUGGAUCCCGUGUGUUACAGCCAUAGACCAUACAGUAAUAUGAUUACAGGUCUGUGCGUGCGUGUUAUCCAUCACUAGUCUGGAUCCCGUGUGUUACAGCCAUAGACCAUACAGUAAUAUGAUUACAGGUCUGUGCGUGCGUGUUAUCCAUCACUAGUCUGGAUCCCGUGUGUUACAGCCAUAGACCAUACAGUAAUAUGAUUACAGGUCUGUGCGUGCGUGUUAUCCAUCACUAGUCUGGAUCCCGUGUGUUACAGCCAUAGACCAUACAGUAAUAUGAUUACAGGUCUGUGCGUGCGUGUUAUCCAUCACUAGUCUGGAUCCCGUGUGUUACAGCCAUAGACCAUACAGUAAUAUGAUUACAGGUCUGUGCGUGCGUGUUAUCCAUCACUAGUCUGGAUCCCGUGUGUUACAGCCAUAGACCAUACAGUAAUAUGAUUACAGGUCUGUGCGUGCGUGUUAUCCAUCACUAGUCUGGAUCCCGUGUGUUACAGCCAUAGACCAUACAGUAAUAUGAUUACAGGUCUGUGCGUGCGUGUUAUCCAUCACUAGUCUGGAUCCCGUGUGUUACAGCCAUAGACCAUACAGUAAUAUGAUUACAGGUCUGUGCGUGCGUGUUAUCCAUCACUAGUCUGGAUCCCGUGUGUUACAGCCAUAGACCAUACAGUAAUAUGAUUACAGGUCUGUGCGUGCGUGUUAUCCAUCACUAGUCUGGAUCCCGUGUGUUACAGCCAUAGACCAUACAGUAAUAUGAUUACAGGUCUGUGCGUGCGUGGCCAGAUAGGAAUUACAAUCUAAACACAACAACUAAAACAAUCCCUUUAACGACAAGGGAGUAGUUUGUUUGUUAUGAUUUGUUUUGGUGAUACCUAAUAUGGCCACGUAGACUGAAGUUAACAGGAGAAAGAAACCUGAGGAUAGACUUCUCAGCUUCCCAUGCUUGUUGGCUUAUACUGCAAUUAUGGAGGCUUUGCAUAAUUAGGCAAUAGAGGCACGCUAUGAGAGUUGAGCCUUUGGACCAUGUCUUGACUUGCCGGACACGUAGUCACGCAGAGUACAACAGAGUUAUUCUAAACACAUGUAGUGGCGUACCGCAGUUUUGCAAGGCCCCAUUUAACUUCCUGUAAUUCUACACGUUUCACUAAGAAGCUGAGAGAAAAUGUUGCCGUUUUAAAGCUGAGUUGUUUCCAAAAAACCAUCGUUACUAAAGUUGCACUUGAAAACACUUGUUAUUUACCUACUGCCUCAGACUACUCGUAGAACCGCUAAGUGCGUCGUUAGAUGCUUUUUUGCCAUUCCGUGUCAUUUUAUACAGAGAAGACCUCAGCUAAACAUACACUACAUGACCAAAUUAUGUGGACACCUGCUUGUCGAACAUCUCAUUCCAAAAUCAUAGGCAUUAAUAUGGAGUUGGUCCCCCCUUUGCUGCUAUAACAGCCUCCACUCUUCUGGGAAGGCUUUCCACUAGAUGUUGGAACAUUGCUGCGGGGACUUGCUUCCAUUCAGCCACAACAGCAUUAGUGAGGUCGGGCACUGAUGUUGGGCGAUUAGGCCUGGCUCGCAGUCGGCGUUCCAAUUCAUCCCAAAGGUGUUCGAUGGGGUUGAGGUCAGGGCUCUGUGCAGGCCAGACAAGUUCUUCCACACCGAUCUCGAGAAACAAUUUAUGUAUGGACCUCGCUUUGUGCACGGGGGCAUUGUCAUGCUGAAACAGGAAAGGGCCUUCACCAAACUGUUGCCACAAAGUUGGAAGCACAGAACCGUCUAGAAUGUCAUUGUAUGCUGUAGCGUUAAGAUUUCCCUUCACUUGAACUAAGGGGCCUAGCCCGAACCAUGAAAAACAGCCCCAGAUCAUUAUUCCUCCUCCACCAAACUUUACAGUUGGCACUAUGCAUUGGGGCAGGUAGCGUUCUCCUGGCAUCCGCCAAACCCAGAUCCGUCCGCCGGACUGCCAGAUGGUGAAACGUGACAUGCUAAUGCACCAUUCCUCUUCCCUACAUUGUGCACUACUUUUGAGAAGGGCCCAUAGGGCUCUAUGUAGGGAAUAAGGGGCCAUUUGGGAUGCAGGCUGGCUGUUACAUUAAUCCUCCUCCACCAAACUUUACAGUUGGCACUAUGCCAGAGUCCAAUGGCGGCGAGCUUUACACCACUCCAGCCGACGCUUGGCAUUGCGCGUGGGUGAUCUUAGGCUUGUGUGCGGCUGCUCGGCCAUGGAAACCCAUUUCAUGAAGCUCCCGACAAACUGUUCUUGUGCUGACGUUGCUUCCAGAGGCAGUUUGGAACUCGGUAGUAAGUGUUGCAACCAGAAGGAGAGACGAUUUCUACGCGCUACGUGCUUCAGCACUCACCAUCCCGUUCUGUGAGCUUGUGUGGCCUACCACUUCACGGCUGAGCCGUUGUUGCUCCUAGACGUUUCCACUUCACAAUAACAGCAUUUACAGUUGACCGGGGGUGGCUCUAGCAGGGCAGAAAUUUGACGAACUGACUUGUUGUUUGUCUAUGGAGAUUGCAUGGCUGUAUGCUCAAUUUUAUACAUCUGUCGGCAACGGGUGUGGCUAAAAUCGCCAAAUCCACUAAUUUUAAUUAAUUAUCCACAUACUGCUGUACAGUGAGGGGAAAAAGUAUUUGAUCCCUUGCUGAUUUUGUACGUUUGCCCACUGACAAAGUUAUGAUCAGUCUAUAAUUUUAAUGGUAGGUUUAUUUGAACAGUGAGAGACAGAAUAACAACAAAAAAAUCCAGAAAAACGCAUGUAAAAAAUGUUAUAAAUUGAUUUGCAUUUUAAUGAGGGAAAUAAGUAUUUGACCCCUCUGCAAAACAUGACUUAGUACUUGGUGGCAAAACCCUUGUUGGCAAUCACAGAGGUCAGACGUUUCUUGUAGUUGGCCACCAGGUUUGCACACAUCUCAGGAGGGAUUUUGUCCCACUCCUCUUUGCAGAUCUUCUCCAAGUCAUUAAGGUUUCGAGGCUGACGUUUGGCAACUCAAACCUUCAGCUCCCUCCACAGAUUUUCUAUGGGAUUAAGGUCUGGAGACUGGCUAGGCCACUCCAGGACCUUAAUGUGCUUCUUCUUGAGCCACUCCUUUGUUGCCUUGGCCGUGUGUUUUGGGUCAUUGUCAUGCUGGAAUACCCAUCCAAGACCCAUUUUCAAUGCCCUGGUACAUGGCCCCGUCCAUCGUCCCUUUGAUGCGGUGAAGUUGUCCUGUCCCCUUAGCAGAAAAACACCCCCAAAGCAUAAUGUUUCCACCUCCAUGUUUGACGGUGGGGAUGGUGUUCUUGGGGUCAUAGGCAGCAUUCCUCCUCCUCCAAACAUGGCGAGUUGAGUUGAUGCCAAAGAGCUCCAUUUUGGUCUCAUCUGACCACAACACUUUCACCCAGUUCUCCUCUGAAUCAUUCAGAUGUUCAUUGGCAAACUUCAGAUGGGCAUGUAUAUGUGCUUUCUUGAGCAGGGGGACCUUAUGGGCGCUGCAGGAUUUCAAUCCUUCACGACGUAGUGUGUUACCAAUUAUUUUCUUGGUGACUAUGGUCCCAGCUGCCUUGAGAUCAUUGACAAGAUCCUCCCGUGUAGUUCUGGGCUGAUUCCUUGCCGUUCUCAUGAUCAUUGCAACUCCACGAGGUGAGAUCUUGCAUAGAGCCCCAGUCCGAGGGAGAUUGACAGUUAUUUUGUGUUUCUUCCAUUUGCGAAUAAUCGCACCAACUGUUGUCACCUUCUCACCAAGCUGCUUGGUGAUGGUCUUGUAGCCCAUUCCAGCCUUGUGUAGGUCUACAAUCUUGUCCCUGACAUCUUUGGAAAGCUCUUUGGUUUUGGUCAUGGUGGAGAGUUUGGAAUCUGAUUGAUUGAUUGCUUCUGUGGACAGGUGUCUUUUAUACAGGUAACAAACUGAGAUUAGGAGCACUCCCGUUAAGAGUGUGCUCCUAAUCUCAGCUCGUUACCUAUAUAAAAGACACCUGGGAUUCAGAAAUCUUUCUGAUUGAGAGGGGGUCAAAUACUUAUUUCCCUCAUUAAAAUGCAAAUCAAUUUGUAACAUUUUUGACAUGCGUUUUUCUGGAUUUUUUUGUUGUUAUUCUGUCUCUCACUGUUCAAAUAAACCUACCAUUAAAAUUAUAGACUGAUCAUUUAUUUGUCAGUGGGCAAACGUACAAAAUCAGCAGGGGAUCAAAUACUUUUUUCCCUCACUGUAUAUAUAGUGUAUAAAGCCAGCUAUGUUUCCCUGCUGUAUAUAUAGUGUAAUUGUAAUCCAAACCCAACCUUCAUUUACUAAUGAGGUUCCAAACUCUGUUUUAGACGAGACUGACUUCAUGACCAAAAUUAUCCUAUUUACACUGUGUAGUCAAUUUUGACACUAGAAUAAAUGUUUCUGACUCUUAUCGAUGCCACAUAGGCCGUUUUCAAAAGGAUUAGUUGUUUUUUAGGGGCAGUCACUCUUUAAGGUAAUGUUGAGCAGCUAAUUAGUAGAAUCAGUGUUAAAUUGGGGUUGGACUGAACCUACAGGAAGGUAGAUCUCCAGUAAAAAAAGGUUGGGGUAGCUCUGAUCUAGCCAGAAGCAUUGAGGAUGAUAAUGUGAUGUGAUUUCAUAUUUCAUAGGUAACUCCAUCACAACCAUCCCAGUAGGUGCGUUCAACGGCAUCCCCAACCUGGAGUCCAUCAACCUGGGAAAGAAUAAGCUGACAACUGCUGGAAUCGCCCCACACACCUUCAAUGUAAGAGUCUUUCCUUCAAAAUAAGAGUCUUUAUCACAAUUGCUUUCCGCACGCCUUCAGGGAAGAGUCUUUCCUUCAAAAUAUGAGUAUUUUUCACAAUGAGCCCCCACACACCUUCAAAGUAAGAGUCUCUCCUUCAAAAUAAGAGUGCUUCACAACAAGCUCCGCACGCCUUUAAAGUAAGAGUCUCACCUUCAUAAUAAGAGUCUUUCUCUGCUGGCAUCAGCCUGCACGCUUUCAAAGUAAGAGUCGCACCGGCUGCAUCACUGCUAGGUAUGGUGAUAGCACCGCCCUCCAUCGCAUGGCGCUACAGAGGGUGGUGUGGACAGCCCACUACAUCACUGGGGCCGAGCUCCCUGCCAUCCAGGACCCCUAUAUCAGGCGGUGUGAAAUUAAGGCCCGGAAAAUCGUUAGACUCCAGCCACCCAGACACACACACACACACACACACACACACACACACACACACACACACACACACACACACAAAUACUGUACAUUCAAUACUGAUUUUCAUGAUGAAAUCCCUGAGCGGUUUCCUUCCUCUCUGGCAAAUGAGUUAGGAAGGAGGCCUGUAUCUUUGUAGUGACUGGGUGUAUUGAUACGCCAUCCAAAGUGUAAUGAAUAACUUCACCAUGCUCAAAGGGAUAUUCAAUGUCUGCUUUUUGUAUUUUUACCCAUCUACCAAUCGGUGCCCUUCUUUGCAAGGCAUUUGAAAACCUUCUGGUCUUUGUGGUUGAAUCUGUGUUUGAAAUACACUGCUCGACUGAGGGACCUUACAGGUAAUUGUAUGUGUGGGGUACAGAGAUGAGGUAGUCAUUCAUAUGCAGAUGACACCAUUUUGUAUACAUCUGGCCCUUCAUUGGACACUGUGUUAACAAACCUCCAAACGAGCUUCAAUGCCAUACAACACUUCUUCCGUAGCCUACAACUGCUCUUAAACACUAGUAAAACUAAAUGCAUGCUCUUCAAUCGAAAGCUUCUGGCACCCGCCCACCCGACUAGAAUCACUACUCUCGACGGGUCUGACCUAGAAUAUGUGGACAACUACAAAUACCUAGGUGUCUGGUUAGACUGUAAACUCUCCUUCCAGACUCACAUUAAGCAUCUCCAAUCCAAAGUUAAAUCUAGAAUCUGCUUCCUAUUUCGCAACAAAGCCUCCUUCACUCAUGCUGCCAAACAUGCCCUCGUAAAACUGACUAUCCUACCGAUCCUUGACUUCGGCGAUGUCAUUUACAAAAUAGCCUCCAACACUCUACUCAGUAAAUUGGAUGUAGUCUAUCACAGUGCCAUCCGUUUUGUCACCAAAGCCCCAUAUAAUACCCACCACUGUGACCUGUACGCUCUUGUUGGCUGCUCCUCACUGCAUAUUCGUUGCCAAACCCACUGGCUCCAGGCCAUCUAUAAAUCACUGCUAGGCAAAUCCCUGCCUUAUCUUAGCUCAUUGGUCACCAUAGCAACACCCACCCGUAGUAUGCGCUCCAGCAGGUAUAUCUCACUGGUCAUUCCCAAAGCCAACACCUCCUUUGGCCGCAAUUCCUUCCAGUUCUCUGCUGCCAAUGACUGGAACGAACUGCAAAAAUCUCUGAAGCUGGAGACUCUUAUCUCCCUCACUAACUUUAAGCAUCAGUUGUCAGAGCACCUUACCGAUCACUGCACCUGUACACAGCCCAUCUGUAAUUAGCCACACCCAACUACCUCAUCCCCAUUGUUAUUUAUUUGCUCUUUGCACCCCCAAUAUCUCCUGCACAUAAUCUCUUGCACAUCUAUCAUUCCAGUGUUAAUACUAAUUGUAAUUAUUUUGCACUAUAGCCUAUUUAUUGCCUUACCCUCUCCAUAACGUACUGACAUUUUGCACACACUGUAAUUAUUUUUCUGUUGUAUUGUUUUGACUUUAUGUUUUAUUUACCCCCAUAUGUAACUCUGUGUGGUGUUGUUUUAUCGGCAACUGCUUUGCUUUUAUCUUGCAGGUCGCGUUGUAAAUGAGAACUUGUUCUCAACUGGCUUACCUGGUUAAAUAAUGUUAAGUAAUAAAUAAUUAAAAUAUAAUAAUAUUAAUACUAUUAAUUGCACACAGCCAUGCAACAUAUAUGGGACUUGUUAACAACAUCCUUUGCCCUCCUAUCUUCGGUCGCACUUCGUAAAGAAACUUUUCCAAUCCUGUCCUUACGCUGUUAUGGAAGUUAUAAUACUAAUUAAAACAUAAUUUCAAUGGUUUAUCGACAAAGCCAUGCAAAAUUAUUUGGGCAUGUAACACAUUUUUGCUGAUUGGGUUGAUAUCUUACUGAUAAGGAAAAAUUCACUUGUGGAUAGUACAUCAAAAAGAUUGUUGGCACUUUCCAUCACGUUUUUUGGCUCAUGUGCCAAAAAUCUCAAAGUUUUGCACUUUACAGUAACCAUUGUAUUGGUCUGUUCAUUAAAAGUUUUUAGGCUGUUUUUAAUCCAACAGUUUGUUCUCAGUUACAACCAACAAAAGGGUCUUUGGUCUGUCAUCACAGUUUUAAGCCCCAGCUUCCCUCCAUCCUUUGGUCUUGACCCUCCCCCAAACCCAGGUUGUUGGCUCUGUCCAAUCCACUCCGUUUGCGCUCUGUUCCAAUUCAACCAGGUUUUGGGGUUCAAGUCCGGAGACUGAAAUGGCCAUUGCAAAAUGUUGAUUUUGUGGUCAAUUAUCAAUUUCUUGUGGAUUGGGGUUAUUAUCUUGCUGAAAUGGAAGAUCCACUUGUGGCAGAGGCAACCAGGUUGUUGGCUCUGUUCCAAUCCAACCAGGUUUUUGGCUCUGUUCCAAUCCAACCAGGUUGUUGGCUCUGUUCCAAUCCAACCAGGUUGUUGGCUCUGUUCCAAUCCAACCAGGUUUUUGGCUCUGUUCCAAUCCAACCAGGUUUUUGGCUCUGUUCCAAUCCAACCAGGUUGUUGGCUCUGUUCCAACCCAACCAGGUCUUUGGCUCUGUUCCAAUCCAACCAGGUUGUUGGCUCUGUUCCAAUCCAACCAGGUUGUUGGCUCUGUUCCAGUCCAAGUGCCAAUGCCGUUUAGGGAUACACUACGUUUUUAUUUUCUAUUUCCAACCAGCUAGAUCCCCUAAGGUGAGGAUCUAGAGACAGUCAGGAAGUUUCUAGAAUAACAAUAAAGCCUGAUUUUGUUAACAAGAAACUCCCUAUCAUGACAGAGUGCCAACAUCGACAGUUUUAUAUCCAAACCCCACCCACCCCACUGCUACGGGUCAAGCACACCUAGAUGCAUGCACGCACACACACGCACGCACGAACACACACAAGCGUUGUUAAUGUUGUUCAUGUUUGUUGGUCAGGGCCUGAAGUUCCUGAGCCGUCUGUACCUGGACAACAACCUCCUAGAGACGGUCCCAAUGGAUCUCCCAUCCACACUACAGGAGCUGAAGAUCAACGAGAACCACCUCAAAGGGAUCGAAGAGAACAGCUUCCAAGGUAGUACAAAGAAAUAACAAAUCUGCUUGCUGCUAGUUACUGGACAAAAAGCCAAAUUACUUUUCAAUCUUCUUUUCAAAUCAAAUCAAAUUUUAUGUGUAGACCUUACAGUGAAAUGCUUACUUACAAGCCCUUAACCAACAAUGCAGUUCAAGAAAUAGAGUUAAGAAAAUAUGUACUGAUAAAAAAAAAAAUAUAUAAAUAAAAGAAGAAAAAAAAAAAAUAACACAAUAAAAUAACAAUAAUGAGGCUAUAUACAGGGGAUACCGGUACCGAGGCUAUAUACAGGGGAUACCGGUACCGAGGCUAUAUACAGGGGAUACCGGUACCGAGGCUAUAUACAGGGGAUACCGGUACCGAGGCUAUAUACAGGGGAUACCGGUACCGAGGCUAUAUACAGGGGAUACCGGUACCGAGGCUAUAUACAGGGGAUACCGGUACCGAGGCUAUAUACAGGGGAUACCGGUACCGAGGCUAUAUACAGGGGAUACCGGUACCGAGGCUAUAUACAGGGGGUACCGGUACCGAGGCUAUAUACAGGGGAUACCGGUACAGAGUCAAUGUGCGGGGGUACAGGUUAGUCGAGGUAAUUUGUACAUGUAGGUAGGGGUAAAGUGACUAUGCAUAGAUAAUAAACAGCGAAUAGCAGCAGUGUAAAAACAAAGGGGGGGUUGUCAAUGUAAAUAGUCCAGGUGGCCAUUUGAUUAAUUGUUCAGCAGUCUAAUGGCUUGGGUGACUGGAGUCUUUGACCAUUUUUAGGCCUUCCUCUGACACCGCCUGGUAUAGAGGUCCUGGAUGGCAGGAAGCUUGGCCCCAGUGAUGUAUUGGGCCAUAUGCACUACCCCAUGUAGCGCCUUACGGUCAGAUGGCGAGCAGUUGCCAUAUCAGGCGGUGAUGCAACCAGUCAGGAUGCUCUCGAUGGUGCAGCUGUAUAACUUUUUGAGGAUCUGGGGACCCAAAUCUUUUCAGUCUCCUGAGAGGGAAAAGGUGUUGUCGUGCCCUCUUCACGACUGUCUUGGUGUGUUGGGACCAUAAUAGUUCGUUGGUGAUGUGGACACCAAGGAACUUGAAACCCGCUGCACUACAGACCCGUUGAUGUUAAUGGAGGUCUGUUUGACCCGCCUUUUCCUGUAGUCCACGAUCAGCUCCUUUGUCUUGCUCAUAUUGAGGGAGAGGUUGUUGUCCUGGCACCACACUGCCAGGUCUCUGACCUCCUCCCUCUAGGCUGUCUCACAUAGUUGUCGGUGAUCAGGCCUACCACUGUUGUAUCAUCAGCAAACAAUGAUGGUGUUGGAGUCGUGCCUGGCCAUGCAGUCGUGGGUGAACAGGGAGUACAGGAGGGGACUGAGCACACACCCCUGAGGGGCCCCCGUGUUGAGGAUCAGCGUGGUGGAGGUGUUGUUACCUACCCUUACCACCUGGGGGGCGGCCCGUCAGGAAGUCCAGGAUCCAGUUGCAGAGGGAGGUGAUUAGUCCCAGGGUACUUAGAUUAGUGAUGAGCUUUGAGGGCACUAUGGUGUUGAACGCUGAGCUGUAGUCAAUGAACAGCAUUCUCACAUUGGUGUUCCUUUUGUCCAGGUGGGAAAGGGCAGUGUGGAGUCCGAUUGAGAUUGUGUCAUCUGUGGCUCUGUUGGGGCGGUAUGCAAAUUGGAGUAGGUCUAGGGUUUCCGGGAUGAUGGUGUUGAUGUGAGCCAUGACCAGACUAUCAAAGCACUUGAUGGCUACCGACGUGAGUGCUACGGGGCGGUAAUCAUUUAGGCAGGUUACCUUCGCUUCUUUGGGCACAGGGAAUAUGGUGGUCUGCUUGAAACAUGUAGGUAUUACAGACUCAGUCAGGGAGAAGUUGAAAAUGUCAGUGAAGACACUUACCAGUUGGUCCACGCAUGCUCUCAGUACACGUCCUGGUAAUCAGUCUGUGAAUGUUGACCUGUUUAAAGGUCUUACUCACGUCGGCUACGGAGAGUGUGAUCACAGUCGUCUGGAACAGCUGGUGCUCUCAUGCAUGCUUCAGUGUUGCUUACCUCAAAGCGAGCAUAAAAGGCAUUUAGCUCUUCUGUUAGGCUUGCGUCACAGUGCAGCUCGCGGCUGUGUUUCCCUUUGUAGUCCAUAAUAGUUUGCAAGCCCUGCCACAUCCGACGAGCGUCAGAGCCGGUGUAGUUGGGGGCAUUUCAGGCCACAUAAUGCUUCAAUCUAAAAUACUUUGACAGCACAAACGUAAAUAAUUGUCACUGGAAGUGGCUAAAACUAUGAACAAACACAGGUCUGACAUUUAUAGGAAAAUAUUUUAAUUGCUGUGUAAUUUCUGGAAGGUCUGAGCAACCUGUUGACCUUGGAGUUGGAGGGGAAUGUCCUGAGUGAAGGGAAUGUGGAUCCUCUAGCUUUCAGCCCCCUCUCCCAGCUCUCCUACCUCCGUCUGGGCAGAAACCACUUCAGGAUCGUCCCCCAGGGCUUGCCCCCAUCUCUACUGGUGAGCUUUAUCAAUUUUAUCCAUUUAUUUCUGUGGAUGGAAAUUCCUUGGAUAAAACGAAGGUACAUUUCGUAUUUCCUCAAGGCUCUGUUCUUGGACCACUACAUUAAUUUUCUCUGCGAUUUUAGUCAUAAACACAGUGUACAUUUUCACUGCUAAGUGGACGAUACACAUUUCGAGGAAACAUGGUGAAGCAACUGCAACCUUUUUCUUGAUAAAAAGUCUAAUCCAGGACUCACUCUCAUGCUCUGGUUAAAGGCAAGGCGCCGUGUCAGUCCAGGAAGGAGUGGCUCUGGCAGACAUUUUCUCCUUAAAACUACCACUGAGGUCUACUUUGAACAAACAUACCAAUUAUGGCUAACCCAAACAGUCAGGGUUACCACAGACAUGGAGGCCUGCUUGACUUAACAUCCAGUAUAACAUGUUCAAUAACAGCAGCUGUGUUGUUGUGUAUAUUACACUAGAGGAAGUAAGGGCCUCAACACAGCAUCUCUCUUAGAGGAAGGAAGGGCCUCAACACAGCAUCUCUCUUAGAGGAAGGAAGGGCCUCAACACAGCAUCUCUCAUAGAGGAAGGAAGGGCCUCAACACAGCAUCUCUCUUAGAGGAAGGAAGGGCCUCAAUACAGCAUCUCUCUUAGAGGAAGGAAGGGCCUCAACACAGCAUCUCUCUUAGAGGAAGGAAGGGCCUCAACACAGCAUCUCUCAUAGAGGAACAAAAGGCCUCAACACAGCAUCUCUCUUAGAGGAAGGAAGGGCCUCAACACAGCAUCUCUCUUAGAGGAAGGAAGGGCCUCAACACAGCAUCUCUUAGAGGAAGGAAGGGCCUCAACACAGCAUCUCUCAUAAGGAAGGAAGGGCCUCAACACAGCAUCUCUCAUAGAGGAACAAAAGGCCUCAACAUAGCAUCUCUCUUAGAGGAAGGAAGGGCCUCAACACAGCAUCUCUCUUAGAGGAAGGAAGGGCCUCAACACAGCAUCUCUCAUAGAGGAAGUAAGGGCCUCAACACAGCAUCUCUCAUAGAGGAACAAAAGGCCUCAACAUAGCAUCUCUCUUAGAGGAAGGAAGGGCCUCAACACAGCAUCUCUCUUAGAGGAAGGAAUGGCCUCAACACAGCAUCUCUCUUAGAGGAAGGAAGGGCCUCAACACAGCAUCUCCCAUAGAGGAACAAAAGGCCUCAACACAGCAUCUCUCUUAGAGGAAGGAAGGGCCUCAACACAGCAUCUCUCUUAGAGGAAGGAAGGGCCUCAACACAGCAUCUCUCAUAGAGGAACGAAGGGCCUCAACACAGCAUCUCUAAUAGAGGAACAAAAGGCCUCAACACAGCAUCUCUCAUAGAGGAACAAAAGGCCUCAACAUAGCAUCUCUCUUAGAGGAAGGAAGGGCCUCAACACAGCAUCUCUCUUAGAGGAAGGAAGGGCCUCAACACAGCAUCUCUCUUAGAGGAAGGAAGGGCCUCAACACAGCAUCUCUUAGAGGAAGGAAGGGCCUCAACACAGCAUCUCUCUAAGAGGAAGGAAGGGCCUCAACACAGCAUCUCUCUUAGGGGAAGGAAGGGCCUCAACACAGCAUCUCUCUUAGAGGAAGGAAGGGCCUCAACACAGCAUCUCUUAGAGGAAGGAAGGGCCUCAACACAGCAUCUCUCAUAGAGGAAGGAAGGUCCUCAACACAGCAUCUCUCAUAGAGGAACAAAAGGCCUCAACACAGCAUCUCUCUUAGAGGAAGGAAGGGCCUCAACACAGCAUCUCUCUUAGAGGAAGGAAGGGUCUCAACACAGCAUCUCUCAUAGAGGAAGGAAGGGCCUCAACACAGCAUCUCUCAUAGAGGAACAAAAUGCCUCAACAUAGCAUCUCUCUUAGAGGAAGGAAGGGCCUCAACACAGCAUCUCUCUUAGAGGAAGGAAUGGCCUCAACACAGCAUCUCUCUUAGAGGAAGGAAGGGCCUCAACACAGCAUCUCCCAUUGAGGAACAAAAGGCCUCAACAGAGCAUCUCUCUUAGAGGAAGGAAGGGCCUCAACACAGCAUCUCUAAUAGAGGAACGGGCCUCAACAGAGCAUCUCUCAUAGAGGAACGAAGGGCCUCAACAGAGCAUAUCUCAUAGAGGAAAGAAGGGCCUCA